AUGAGUUCUACAAAUGAUCAAAAACCUGCCGUUUCUUUUUCUCAAAUUGAAGCAACAUCAAAUCAAACAAUAAAACAAAAUUCCUCACAGAAUGCUGGACAAGAAAAGAGUUCAAAUUCUGCAAGUGGUACAAAUUUGGGAAUUAAAGAAAAUUCUCACAAUCAAAAUAGCAGUAAUUCUUUGAGUCAAGGGGAAUGGCUUCCUUCAUCUAUUCAUUUAUGUGCUUACCAUGAUUGCAAUUCUUUGGCCAAUGCUUGGAGUUUAGGUCUAAAUGUAUCCAGUCUGAAUGGGCCAACGGGUGCUUCACAGGCUCAGAGUCCAUCUGAAGAUGAUGCAGGUGAUGGAAAAAAUGAAUUGGGUGUUGAGCCUGUUAGAAGAAUUGCUCUCUCUAGGCAUACUUGUUAUCAAAAUACCUCAGGAAAAUCACAAGUUUCUCCAAAUAAAUCUGCCGAAGAAGAAAGUCUUCAAACAAGGCAUAGAGAACAUAUAGCUUCUGAAAUUGGUGUACUUGAGGAUGUUUCUAAUGUAUAUUUGGGUGGUAAACUUUGUUCUGAUAGGCAAUCUAAAAUUGUUGUUGAACCCCAAGAUAUGGGAAGCUAUUAUUAUAGACAUUGUUUUGUUGGAAGAAUUCACAUUGAAUAUUGUGGAAUGGAUGAGACUUUGGGACCAUGUGUUGUAUCAAUGGUCCGAGAGGAGACUAAAGACGGGUCUAGCCAGCAUAAUAUUUAUCGUCUCGUCCUCCGGAUAAGUGAUGUUUUAACAAUGCGUGUUUCUGUGCCAGAGGAGGCACUUUCUGAUGCUCAAGAUCGCAGUACUCGUUCUUUAAUGCGUGAAUUACUUGAUAUUGUCUGCCCCCAAAUUCAUUUUGCCUCUCUUAGACCAACUACGAAUAUUCAAAAAGUUGAAGAACUUUUACUGAAAAUAGAUGAACAACCAAUUUAUACAAGAUAUAAAGUUGGUGUUUUGUAUUGUAAAGAUAACCAAUCUACCGAAGAACAGAUGUAUAAUAAUGAAAAUUCUUCUCCACAUUUUGAAGAAUUUCUUGAUUUUCUUGGCACUCGAGUAAAGCUCAAAGGUUUAGAUGCCUUCAAAUACAAAGGUGGCUUAGACACUAAAGGAAAUACUACAGGAUUAUAUAGUAUUUAUACUGAACACCAUUCUGCUCAGAUUAUGUUUCAUGUUUCUACAAUGCUCCCAUUUACUCCAAAUAAUAAGCAACAGUUGGCAAGAAAGCGACAUAUUGGCAAUGAUAUGGUUACAAUAAUUUUCCAAGAGCCAAAUGCAUUGCCUUUUUCGCCAAUAACAGUCAGAUCACAUUUUCAACACGUUUUUAUUGUUAUACGUGUAUCCAAUCCACUUACAGAAAAUGUUAGUUAUAGAGUUGCUGUCGCUCGUGCCAAAGAUGUACCUGCAUUUGGACCUCCAGUUUCCUCAAGUGCUGUAUAUCAGAAAAGUACCCAUUUUCAUGACUUUCUGAUCACUAAAAUAAUAAAUGCAGAAAAUGCUGUUCAUAGAUCUCGUAAAUUUGCUUCAAUGGCAGCUCGGACAAGAAGGGAGGCAUUAAAAGAUUUGGUUGAAAAUUAUGCAGCUACACACCAUUCUAACGAGGGAGCAUCUAGAAUUGCAUCAAGACUUCUAGGAGGAGGUGGGUCGGUGAAACGCCGCGAGAGAAUUGUGCCCAAGCCUGUCUUGGAUUCUGGACUACGUGGCGCUCUUUCCUGGCAAGUGGAAGUCUUCGAUCAUUCUCUGAAUCAAAGAAUGCCUGCUGUACUUGAUGGAAGUGAAAGAGAAAUUGGGUUUCUAUUAAAGAGGCUUGUUGCUGUCACAAUUGGUGAUGAGGCAAAAGAAGUAAUUCUUCGAAAAACAAAACCUUCCGAAUCUUUUGGAUUUAAUAUUCAAGAAGAAGGAAUUGUUACAGAUGUCGAUAUGAACGCAAGUGCUUGGAGAGUUGGAUUGCGACAAGGGUCAAGAGUCGUUGAGGUUACAAUGAUCUCGCCUGGAGCAGAUGGAAAUCCUAGACGUGGAUGUGAAGAUUCCAAUUGUCCAUCAGUAUUUGUUCCAGAUCAAUCAGAAGAAGAGCUUGGAAGACGUAAUCAACAACAACAAAAAUUGAAAAAACUUCCACCUCGUGUUUCGCCUUCUAGUGACUCUUGGUCUGGACCACAACCACCUUCAUCAACUUCCCUUUAUGCUAUUCCUGAACGAAAAAAAUUUUCAGCUCCAUCAUUUGGUAUUCAACAACCACAAAGACCUGUUAGUAGUAUGCAACAAAUGGGGAAAGCAUCAAUUGAUUUAGGGUCUAGAAAUGCUUCUCUUCGAACUUUGGAUCAUUGUGCAUCUGAAGACGAUUAUCGUUUUAUGCCUGUUGCCUCAUCCUCAAUUGUAACAGUUCAAUCUUCAAAUAUUCAUGAUGAUGCAAUGAUUGAUGGAGAAACAAACAAUCAACCACAGCAAUACGAACAACUUUCAUUAGAAAUGCGCUCAGUUGUUACACCUCAAAGUUAUUGUGCUGGUUCUCAAUUAUCUAGAAGAAGUCCAGCAUUAAGAACUGGAACAUUACAAGAACAACAAGAAGAAAAUGAUAACGAGAAUGUGUCUUGGAGACUUCAACAAACUCUUGAAGAAAAGAGAGCUUUGGAAGUGGAAUUGGAACAGAUACGGGCGCGAUUGUCUUCUGAACAAAGAGCACAUGAAAAUACUCGUAGACAGUUGCAGAUUGUCAAAGAAUAUUGUGAAAGAUUUUCAAUAAAUCCUCCAUCUUUUGAAGAUGAAGAAAACGACGAAGAAUUGUAA